AUGGACGUGAGUACUCUGCCAGAUGGCGGUGUACGUUUGAUAGAGAGGCUGACGGCCCUGGAAUCUGAGGUUCGUCGUCAGGGAGAUAAAGUUGCUAAUAUGGUCGUCGAAACAGAUAAGUCAACAGCAGAGGAUAUAUCAAAUGAUGGGAUUAAUAAGGGGAUGUCUUGGGAUGACAUACAAAAAGCCAGUAACUCGGUACAGCCUCGAAUGUUCGGCAAACAAGCGAUGGCGACACAUAUGGCGGAGCGUAACGUCAUCUUGGACCGUUUACGUGAUCUCCACCAAUCAUUAGCAUCUCGUCCGCCGGAGACUGAGUUGGCCACCGCGCCCGCCGCCCUCACCACCGAGCUGAUGCCGCAUCAGCGACACGCGCUCGCCUGGCUGCGGUGGAGGGAGACUCAGCGGCCCUGUGGAGGGAUACUAGCUGACGACAUGGGUCUAGGCAAAACUAUCACCAUGAUAGCCCUGUUAAUGGCAGACAAGGAAGGUAACAUCGAUGACGACGAAGAGGAUGACGAUGAAGAGAAGGGCAAGAGCAAUUCCAAAGUGGUCCGCGGCGGCACGCUGGUGGUGUGCCCGGCGUCGCUGAUGCAGCAGUGGGCGGGCGAGGUGCGGCGCCACUGCCGCGCGCACGCCGCGCUCGUGUGUGUGUAUCACGGCGCGGCGCGCGCGCAACAGCCGCACCGCCUCGCCGCGCACGACCUCGUCAUCACCACCUACAACAUACUGCAGCGAGACCACGACCAGAACGGUGUGUUGAUGCGCGUGCGCUGGCGUCGCGUGAUACUGGACGAGGCGCACAUCGUGCGCAACCACAAGUCGGCCACGUCGCUGGGCGUGGCCGCGCUGCGCGCCAGGCGGCGGUGGUGUCUCACCGGCACGCCCGUGCAGAACAAGGACCUGGACCUGUUCGCGCUGGUCAAGUUCUUGCGGAUCACGCCCUUCACUGAACUACAGAUGUGGAAGAAGUGGAUCGACAACAAGAGCCAGGGCGGGCAGGAGCGGCUGAGUACGCUGAUGCGCUGCAUCCUGCUGCGGCGCACCAAAGCCCAGCUGCAGCAGCGCGGCCACCUGCCCUCGCUGCCCGCCAGGACCGCGCACCAGAACCCCAUCCACCUCACGCCCGCAGAGAUGAACGUAUACCAGAAGGUGUUAGUGUUCUCGAAGACACUAUUCGCUCAAUUCCUCCACCAACGCGCUGAGAAAAACGCGGAUUCUCAAGGUUUUUUACCGCCCGCAAAAGAUACGGCCUACGAUAAAAUGCACAAGAAGAUGAUCGCCCUGCAAGGUGCCAAGCCGGUGAAGUCUCACGAGAUCUUGGUACUGCUGCUGCGGCUGCGGCAGGUGUGCUGUCAUUGCGGCCUCAUCGCCGCCAUGCUCGACCCUGAAGAUACCAGCGACGUGCACGAGGACCCAGCCGGACAAGACUUACUCGCUGAACUGAACAAACUCACCAUAGAAGACUCCCGCACCAGGAGGAAGAGUGACAAUAAAGAAGAAGAAGAUAACAAAGAAGAGGCUCCGGAGGAGAGCACGAGUGUGGCGGAAGCGAUUCGCUCCGUGUUGUCCCCCAACAACCCGGUGUUCCAACUGUCGAGACCCUCCUCAAAGAUAGCCGCCGUAAUGGACUGUCUGCGCAAUGAAGUUUUUGUACACGAAGGUGACAAAGCCGUGGUGGUGUCCCAGUGGACGUCGGUGCUGUCCCUGGUGGAGCAGCAGGUGCGCGCGGCGGGCGUGCGCAGCGUCACGCUCAGCGGCGGCGUGCCCGUGCCCGCGCGCGCGCGCCUCGUCGACGCGCUCAACGACCCGCACUCGCCCGUGCGCGUAAUGCUAUUGUCGCUGUGUGCGGGCGGCGUCGGUCUGAACUUGUGCGGGGCCAACCACCUGUUGCUGCUCGACCCGCACUGGAAUCCGCAACUGGAGCAACAGGCACAGGACAGAAUAUACCGCGUUGGACAAACGAAACCAGUACACAUAUAUAGGUUCAUGUGCGUAGAUACUGUAGAGCAGAGUAUACGUAAGUUGCAAGACGCCAAGCUGGAAUUGGCCGAGAACGUGCUGACUGGUGCGCGGCACACGAACGCCUCCAAACUAUCCAUUGAAGAUCUUAAACUACUGUUCAACAUGGGACAGUGA